AUGAUAACGUCAAGUUUCCUCGUAUUUUUCUUGGUUCUGUGUCCAAGUCUUCUGAUCAUUCCAGGCUAUGAUCACCAGCCGCCGCCCAGAAAACAUGUUGCAGUAUUCAUCUUUGGGGAUUCAUUAUUUGAUGCUGGAAAUAACAACUAUAUCAACACCACAACUGAAUUUCAGUCAAAAUUCUGGCCAUAUGGUGAAACCUUCUUCAAAUACCCUACUGGGAGACGUUCUAAUGGGCGAUUAAUUCCAGAUUAUAUUGGUUUUAAGGAGGUCGCUGUGGCGUGUUGUGGCAGUGAUCCGUUUAGAGAUAAAUUGAACUGUGGGGGGAAGAGUGAAAUAAAAGAGCACGAAUUAUGUGAGAAUCUUGAAGAAUAUAUGUUCUUUGACUCUGAUCAUACCUCAGAAAGGGCAAACAAGCUAAUUGCAGAGCUAAUGUGGAGUGGAACUCCACAUGUUAUUGCAUGGGCCUUACAAUCUGAAGCAACUAUUUGA